AUGGCUUCGUCUUCAACAACUUCUAUCAGCAAACCGAUUUAUCGCACUAAGUGUGAUUGUGGUGAUCAACUGCAAUACUCAGUUUCAAGAACUGAUAAAAACCCAGGAAGAAAGUUCAAGGCAUGCCCUAACUAUAAGCUUUUGUUGGCAGGGUACCAAAAAAGGUGUAAAUAUUUCAAGUGGCUUGACACAGAAGAGAUGGAGUUUUAUGCUAAUGAAAGGGAGCCCUAUAACGAAAUUGUUGCUAGUGGUGUUCUGCAGGUGAUCAAGUUGUUGAAGUUUGUGUUGGUGAUGUUGGUGGUUAUUGGAGUAAUUUUGUUAAUUGGCAUUGUAUUUUAA